AUGGCCGACUUCGUAGAACAGAAGCUGGUGGCCAAGGUGCCGCCGCCCGCUUUCAGCGACAUCGCGAAGGCCUCCAACGACCUCAUCAACAAGGACUUCUACCACGCUGCUGCAGCUGCUCUUGAGGUCAAGCUGAAGGCUCCCAACGGUGUCAACUUCACCGCCAAGGGCACGUCGGCGCAUGAUGGACCCGUCACCUCCUCACUCGAGGGCAAGAAGGCGCUCUCCAACGGCAUCAGCAUCACCCAGUCGUGGAACACUGCCAACCUGCUGGCUACCAAGGUUGAGCUGAAUGACACCUUCGCCAACGGCCUGAAGGCGGAGGUUCUCUCCAACUUCAACCCGGCUGCUGGCAACAAGGGCCAGAAGCUCAACCUCUACUUCAAGCAGCCCAACUUCCACACCCGCGUCUUCGCCGAUCUUCAGGCCAGCGGCGCCGUCAGCGCCAUUGCUGAUGCCGUCCUGAGCCACGAGGGCUUCCUUGUUGGUGGUGAAGUCGGAUACGAUGUGCAGAAGGCUGCCGUCACCAAAUACUCCGCCGCCGUGGGCUAUACGACCCCGGCCUACAACGCCGCCAUCACCGCUACCAACUCCCUCUCCGUCUUCAGCGCUGCGUACUAUCAGAAAGUGAACUCAGCCGUUGAGGCUGGCGCUAGGGCUACCUGGGACUCGAAGCAGGGCAACACUGUUGGCCUUGAGCUCGCUGCCAAGUACAAGAUCGACCCUGCGUCUUUCGCUAAGGCCAAGAUCAACAACCUCGGCAUUGCGUCCCUCGCCUACAACACGAAGGUCAACAGCGGUCUGACCUUUGGCGUUGGCGGCUCCUUCGAUACCCAGAAGCUGAACGAGGCCGGUCACAAGCUCGGCACCAGCUUCACGUUUGAGGGUUAA